AUGAAAAUGAGAGCGUCCACCACAAAACUUCUCGUGGCAUUUUCCAUCGCCUUCUUCAUCACUGUCGGUCUUGGCGUCGUCAAUGACUUCAGAAGAGCUAGACUCAUUCCCGGAUGGCAGAAAUUCGAGACAGCAGACGAUUUGGACAUCCUGAAUGCCCGCGAAGAGUAUAUCAUUGAGGUAACAGACAUUGUUAAGAAAAAGGAGAACCUGACGAUUGGUCUUCAGAAAAUCAGUCAAACUCAAGAGAAUUCGACUGAUAUGCGAUCAGAGCUCUACCUCACUCAUCAUGGAUAUUUACUGGAAAACAUAGCUAAAAUGGAGGUUGAAUACCGAAAAAAGUGAGUGCAUUCAGUUGCAGAUGCCGCUCAGAGUCGAAUUUAUAUUCCAGAACAUACACACUAAACGAUUUGUGCUAUAAACCCCACGUUGCAGUAUUCGAGCACUCCACCAAACUGACGAAGAAUUACAUACAGGUAUUUCGCAUGUUUCUGUCAGAAUUCUGCUAAAAUCUUCUUCAGCGUUUGUUCCUCGAAAUGCGCCGACUGUCACCGUGUCUCAUUGUCACUCCGCUCAAUUGUUUCUACGACAGUUACAAGCUUCAAGAACACAUCGCAGGCUGGAGUUUGCCAAACGAACAUCUGAACAUGAGACUCAGAGAAGAAUUCAUUCGCGCUCUGAAAGAAAACGAAAAUGAUUCUAACUUUGAGAACUUCUACGUCAACUCCGAUAUUGGUAGGAGCUGUUUGACUGGGAAAUCAUGAAAUUUCAAUUUCAGGUGGACCGAAGACGAUUGAGAAAUGGGCAGGCCAUAUGUUCGUGAAUUCAUCUCUGGACAUUUCCGACAAGGAAAAAGAAACAAUUUUGGAUAGUGUCAUUAGAUGGAUUUCGGUGAACACGCUCAGAAGUUCACAGUAGAAUUCUAACUUUCAGAGCAUGGAACCGCGUCAAGAAAAGUGCGCGGAUCCGGCGCGUCCGUGUGAGAGACCGCCCGUGAACUACUUCAACACUUGCCAAGUCAUGCAGGCAAUCAAUGAAUACGGCGAGAAAAGACAUCAGGUAAUGAGCAUUGGUCCCUUCCCAGAUGACAGUAAGGUUAAGAAACUGAAGUUCUCAUCCGGAAAAGGCGAGAUCACAACGCAACUGGAUUGUGUCAAAGACAAAGAAAAGUUCAUCGAUUGGAUGCAAGAAGCGGAGUUGGUGGAAAUUCUGAAGACGCUUGUUCCAGGCGUCGUUAUACCAGACCACGAGGCGGUUUGUCAAACAAAACCUGAGCGGUUAAGUAAGCGAAAUAACUUCAGAUCAUGAAUAAACGAUGCGACGGAAUCUUCCACGACGUGAACAGCGAUGGAAUCGAGCUGUUCGACGGAAAGAGAAGCUUCAAUAAUGAGAAGAAUCCGUUCGACACUAUCCGAGCGGAGUUGGCUCUCAUGACGCCCCAGUCCCUUCUUGAGCACUUGGUAUUAUAGGGGCACCGGGCAGAAAGGGCGCGCUGUUCGCAAUCUGGCCGAAUUUCUAGGCCGCAAAGUAAUUUUCCACUGAAAACGUGGCCUAACUUUUCAAACUCAUCCCCGAGGUCGCUCAAUUUGCACUGCAAAAAGAGUUUCUCAACAGAGCGCCAUUUCUGUGCGGUGCCCCUAUAAUAAAGCUCUUCUUCCUCAACAUUUUCGGCAAAAAUUUUUCUUAAGCGUCACGUGGACCACGUGAACUCGCAUGAAUCCGGCUGGACCAUCGAACAAGCUAUCGAACUAUUGGAGGACUUCCGGUCGGCGUUACGCCUUCAAGUUCAUAGGUUCAACGAUCUUCUGACAAGCAAGAAGGUUGGAGUGACGAGCAAAGUAAUUUGGGCACCGGAAGAACGCGAAGAGAUUCCGUUGCCUGUCUCCGUGUCUGUGCAAUUCGUCCUUAUCUUCCAUGCCGCCCUUCUCGUGGCGUUUUCCUUCCUUGUCUGGUCGGCGAACCCCGGAUACUCCGCCGUUUUCUUCCUGGUUCGCGACGUCAUCACUAUCGCCGUCAUCUUUUUUGGUAUUGAAGAUGGCAGGAUUAUCGUUUUGGAUUCGAAGAUCUUGGUAACCAUUACAUCCGUCUGUGGAUCUAAAUCCGUUUUACAGUACUUCACUGCUCUUAUGACAUUCUCGAAUCUCUUCCUGACCACACGCAUUUCUUUCCUGAAACAUCGUCUCGCCAGAUGCAUUCAAAGAGACAAGGACUAUCAUAGUUCCAACUUCUCAUCUCUCGGAACGGUCGGCAGUCUCCACAACUCUGAUGUCCGGCAGAUUCAGUACAUUCUCGCCAAAUACACAAAGUUCCAAGCCGCCAAAGAUGUUCAUUCGCCGGAGGACAUCGAGAAGAUGCCUCGUUUCUGGUACAUUAUCGGUCUGAUCAUUGUUCCGAUAGUGGCCAUCUACUGGUACUUUGUGGAUUCCAGUUGCCGCGAUAUCUUUUUCCUGCUCUUUCCGGGAUUCGCAAUUACCAUCGCAGAAGAGUUGUAUUUGAAGAAAAGAUACAGAGACGGUAAGUAAAAUGAGCAAAAAUAGCCGGAAUUUGAUUGUUGUCAGAACGAACGGAAAAGAAAAGGGAAGAACAACAGUUGGUGGAGAAUGCCGGACGUCUUCUAACGGAAAAGAGUCUCCAAAACGUUUUCAGUGGAGCAAGGCAGUUGAAAGACAAAGAAGAAGCCCUGGAAGAUCAAAACGAUGAAAAGGUGGCGCUGAGACAGAAAAGUGUACUUGGACACUUGUCGAACAGUUCAUAUGACGUGUUCUGGCUCACGGUCAGUUGCCUCUCAUUCACAGGACAUCCAAUUGAGCUGAUUGCAGACGUACCCAAACAAAAUCAGCCGAGACAUUCGUUCGUACGCAUUCGAGUAUUACUACAGACUUCUGAAGCUGGAGAAGGUUUGCGAGAUAGUCGGAAUCAAGAAAAUGUUCCGUUUUCAGCUCGGCCUCGUCAUUUGUGCAGUUGCUCUUUUGGCGCUGUGCACCGCGAUCGCAUUGUUGUUCGUUCCAGUUUCAAGAGUUUCAGAUCAGUUUUUGAAGUGAACUUUAAAAUACGUGUUCAAUAAGUUCAAGAAUUUGUUUCAGAAUCGAGCACGACGAUUUGUUCAUCGAUAUCGAAAUUGAGGACUUUCUGUCAAGUUGGGCAGACAAGAAUAAGCGAAUUAGUCAAUUGACUGAAGAUCUCGGUUAGUUGGAUUCCUCCACGUUCAAAUGUUAAUUUCCCCUGUUUAGACUCUAUCGUUUCAAUGAAAAUACUUUCGAAUUGGCAAAAGAGUUUUGAGCGAUUUGAACAUCGGAUAAGUAAGGUAAGGAGGGAAAGAAGAGGAUUGGUUCUACAGAAAAAGUGCGAAAAGUAGGAUUAGAGAAGGAGAAGAAUGAGUGAGGAUGAUCCUGUAAUUGAACAUUAGUUUAAACCGAAUUCAGUUUUGUCAUGUGAUUAGAAUAAGCAAUAAUUGCAGACUUCUCCGUUCUCGGAAUCAUCACUGUUCUCCGAUUGGACGAGAAAUGAGCCGAUGAACUGGGCAAUCACUGCUUCGUUCGCCACUCCGGACUACCGUUCCCGUGUUCCGAGUCCGUUCCAGUUUCGUAUCCGAUACGAGCUCGAUGAUUCGAGAAACGAAACAACGAUGCUCGCCACCGUUCGACAGAUCGACGACCUUCUCUCCAAGUACUCGUCGGACCUUUCCGUGAAAGCAUUCGGCCGAGUCUACGAGCACUACCAUCGGAAUGCGGUCGCCUGGUGAGUCCAAAUCGAGUUUCGACUCUUGUUUAAUUGAGUUUUCUCCCGAAACGGAGGCCUAUUUUUUCGCAAAGAAAUAGUUUCUGUUCAGCUUUCACACUAAUUGGGUGACUUACCGUAUUCCAAUUCUGGUGGCCGUUCAUUCACCACCCAUAGCGUUUCCAUUUUUCAUGUUAUAACAUCCCAAACAAGCGGUGUCUAUCGUCGGACAAAGUCAGUGUAAAAAUGAAUGCAGCAGUGUUCCGUUCCUUUCCUUCCUGGUUGCAUUCUGUCCACUUCUUCGUUACUUCGUCUGUAUUUUUUCCACCAAAUUCGUUCUCCCUGCAUGUCUUCGCCUAAUCCGCCGGCUACUAAACUAGCAAACUUUCCCUCCCAGUUGUAGAAUCCCACCCGCUUCGCCUCCGAUGCCUUCGCUUCCCUCCUUUUUAUUUGCGCCGCACGCUCUGAAACGCCUUCACGCCUUCGUCGCUCUUUUUCUUUUCUGCGUGCUUCACAUGCUUAUUAAUCGUGAUUCUUAGUCACCCCAAAAAAGUCCGGCUGCACUUUUUCCCGGCAACGCUCAUCGGGAUCCGCAGCGGCGCUCGUCUCUCCCCUUCUGCCCACUCCCUCAACUUGUUUGUGCGCGUGUGAGAUGCAACUCUAUCCAUAGGAGCACACGAAUAAGCCGUUUGUGCUCCGCCUGGGCGGUCGUCGUGCCACACAAGUUCACGAGCACACGGAGAAGAAGUUGAAAAGGACUGAGUGGAGGAAGAUAACAGAAACAGAAACAAAUGAUUGAUUGACAGGACUCACUGGCGACUGCGUUCCCAAAUCUCCGGGUUGGGUCGCCAGAGAGCUUCGACCGAAAGAGCGUUUUAGUCUGAGGUGGCCGUCAGUCAAGAUGGGAAUCUGAUCAGAUGGGAGUGCGUGGCCACGUCAUAUGAGCAAAGAUGUUUGGGGCUUAUGGAAGAUGCACACGAAUCAAAAUAUCACACCACCUGAAUGCGUUCUGAUUCAAGCCUGCAAAGAUGCUAGAGUUGUAGCUCUAUUUCCUCACGUUUAACUAGAUCAUGUUCUGUUUACAUAGGUAAAACAAUUUUGAUUCAAAGAAAAUACACAACGACAGAUUCGAGAUGUCAUUUAAAGUACGUCACUUAAUCCGCGUUCAGGAGAUCGCCGGUGAACGUUUCAUUAUCAUUAGGAUGCCUUCGAGGUUGAUGAUCGGCUCGACCGCAGGAAUUCGCCAGAGCCUUCACUUCAUUCGGCAGUUUGUCAUUAAUCUUUUCGAUGUGCGGUACCGCCGUGCGAGGAAAGAAUUCUCCUCGAGUCCUUCUUUUCUGCCUGCUCCGCCCUCUUUCCUUGCCUUCAGUGCCUUUUUUCACACUGGGCGACGGCGGUACCCGGGACGGACGCGAAGAAAAUAAUUUCAUCUUCGUCAUCACUCCGCCGUCAUUCUCCCCACCCUCCCCACGGACUUUUACGAACUGAGACUUGGCUUCUUUUUCACGGAAAACAUACAUGUUCAUUGAAUCCUUACACUGACUCAAAGUCCAAAAAUAGUUGACACUCGGCACGAUAAACUGUCUUAUUGCCCGACACUGACGACCGAUAAUGAUCGGAAAGCGGAAUCACUGAAAAAAGGGUUUAGCGAGAAGGGAAAACGGGUAGGUUUCUCUUUUCUCGUGAUAAGAAAAAGUGAGAAGGAGUACUGUAGUGAGAGGUUGGCAGGGUUAUAAAAGACGGGGAAUUGUAAAUGCCAACUGUCCGUAUCGUGCAAUUAUAGAUCCGCUGUGUGUUCUCUAAUCCACGUCAUCACCCACUGUGCUCAACUGCUGCCCAGUGUUACCUCCGUGUGUUAUCAAAAUGAUGGCCAUCGGGUCGUCCGUCAUUUCCGCCCUCUACUUUUCAUAAACACAUAGACCCCUCAGUUCUAAUGCAUUUUCCUAUAUUAUUCCCUAACGAAAUCUUCAUUUCAGGAACCCGUUCGCACUCGACGAGCUCCUCUCCGCCGUUCUCUUCCUCUGCCUCUUCUUCAUCGUCUCCGUUCUGUUCACCACCUCGCCGAGCAUUUCCGCGACACUCCUGGUAUUCCGCAGCCUCUGUUCCGGCUCUUCACAUCCGUUUUCCUUUUCAGUUCGCACUGUUCGCAGUCGCCACUCGUCUCGAAAUCGCCGCGGUCAUCUCGCUGUUCUCCCUCGAGCACCGGCUUCUCUACACUUAUUUCGCCCUCCUAGUCGGUACGUUGCCCCGCCCUCACUUCAAACAAUCAUCCAUUCCCAUUGCAGCAUUCGUUGCCGCUUUCCCUCCGUUCUGCGAGCUCUGUCUCUUCCGGGCACGUAUUCUGUACAAGAAGGAAACGAGAGAAACGCCUGAACUGUCGACGAGGCAAAGGAUCCGAGUGCCGUUCAUUGUUGCAGUCGACAUUGCCCAAUUCUUCGGAGUUGUUCUUGCAGGUGCGUUUUGCAAAAGGAGUGUGAAAUAGAGAUGAAAGAUUAGAGGAGAGGCGCUCUUGCGAGAAAUAACAUGUUAUCUGAACACGCGGGGAAAAAAGAACACCAUGAUAAUCAGUGAUUCGUUUCUGAUUCUUCUGGUCUUCUGCUCAAGAAGUCUGAAACAGCGGAUACGGUAGCUCGCCGUUUGAUUGGUCGCCCUGGGAACGUCCUUCUGAGACACCGUACCUCUUCCGAAGUCAGAUUCCAUUUUCUCUUUUUGUUCGUUCCGGUCGCAAUUACACGUCGAAAACGAAAAGUACCGUCAGAUGUCACUCACCACUUUGUUUCCACUUACUCAUCCAAUAAUGUUCUCCCCACUUUGUUAGUUAUGUUCAAAAAAGUAUAGUCACCCGCCGUCCUUCAUAACUCUUCACAAGAUAUAUUUUUUCUCUAUUUGCGCCGUGGGUGGUCGAGUGAAAAAUGAUUGCGAGAGAAGAAAAUACGAAAUUGCGGGAACCUUGGUAGUAUCAAAUUCACACAUAAUGCCUGUUCAAAGCAGAAAAGGCCUAAUUUUUGAGAGUUAGGAGGCAGUCAAAAUGUUUUUUUUCACUAAUCGUUUAGUUUAUCAGUAGGCGAUCGCGGGUGAAAUAAACAAUCGUCUUUUGGUAUUAUUCCAUUGGCACCUGGUACCUUUGUGUGAAAGUGCACUUUGGAGCCGUCCACGAAACACAAACAAUUCCUCGGUGGCUGUCACGGCCUUCUUUCGUCUUCUUCUCCGUUUCGCGCCGCCCUUCUGAGUCUCUUGCUCCAUUUUCUUCGUCGUAGUCCUUGCCACUAGUUUCCGGUCAUUCCUCUUCCUCUUCUGGUCCUCACGGUGGCCUUCUCUCCGUCUCUCGCUUUGAUGUUUCGUAUUCAUGAGACGCAAAAACAGAAGACGCGGAAAAUGAAUUGAUGGUGAUUAGGAGUAGCGAGUGAGAGGCGAAGGGCGGUCCAAACGGAAGGAGCAAAAAAGGAAAAAAAGCGAAGAAUGAGGGGAAUGAACUGGAAAAAGUCUACUGUAGGGGCCGGGAAGGAGAAAGUUAGGAAUUUUUUGUCAUAUGCUUGAACUUGGAACUUCCAAAUGAAUAAAUAAGUAUAAAAUAUUCACGUUUCAGUCUGUUUCGUCGGAGCCUUCUUCACUCUGCUUGUCCAUCAGCUCAACGUCUUCUUCGUGCCCACCGUGAUUCUCAUCGCAAUCCAGGUUCUCGCUCUGGCCAACUCGAUCGCCAUUUCAGCUGCAACGCGGCAGUUGUUCGAACGCGACGUAAGUGACUGGAUUCCUUUCCCCCUUUCUCGCACUUUCCGAGCGACUAUCUCGAGGUGUUCUAAUCUGGAUAAUCCUCUUUUUGCCAGCAGUUCCAAUCCAUAAUCCCAUCUGUUCUCCUUUUCUCUUAUUCUCAAUAUUUUACAGGUUCGUGCCUGCCUCCGCCGAGACCUCAAAGGCACUUCGAUUGCCGAUCACGUGUACGACCUCGCCCACAAACUUCUGUCGCCGCCGUUCGAGCACGCGGACAUUGAAAUGCAAAUAAUCCAGCCGGCUACUCCUCAAUCGAGAUUCUGGGCACCGCCAAAGUAUCCAGGGAGCCAGAAACGACGACAAUCUUCUGAUGAUUCGGACGACUCGGAGCAUUUGGAAUUCGACGAACAUUUGUUUUUCGACGACGAUUCCCCGAAACCGUCCACUUCCACUCAGCCACCAAAGCUCCAUUUCGGACCGGUCAGACCCAACUCUCCUAAAGAACAAAAAAGCGAAGCCAAACGAAUGAAGACCAACGAGCCGUUCGUUUUCAAUUUUCCGAGGACUUAUCGGCUGCCGGAGGAUCCGCACCAUUGGGUUAUGGAGCAAGGACCGAUUGAUAACAGACCCUCGACUUCGGUGAGUUUCUCAUCUUUUUUGUAUAUAGUUUCAAUGACUUGAUUUUUUGUUCAGCAGGCUGAACGUUUCGAAGAGGCCGUCGAAAGAGCUGAAGAGUACUAUGCACUGGACGAAGCAGACGCAGUUGAGAGGAUCAGACGGGAUGAAGAGGAAGAAGAUCUGGACAGUACCGGAGAGCCCGACGAAGAAGUUUUGGCAGUUGAGAAGAAAAUGCAGGAGCGUUGGGAGCGAAAGAAAUUGGAGGAACUCGAGAAGAUCAAACUAUUGUCAGAGAGUAAUAGUCUGCAAAUACAAAAUGAGCACCUUAACGGACAACUCCCGAACAGCUUCCAAAUCUACAGAGAGCCGAUAGUCGAGGAGAGUCCGAGUCCAGGCUGCAAUGGAGCCGCCUCGAUUGCCGUGGAGCCUCCUCCUCCAACUACAAACGAGACGGACGAGAAGCCAAUGUCGACUAAUUUUCAAACCGAAGUCGAGAUUCCCGAAGGAAUGCGCCUGGUCUAUCCGCCAAUGAUUCCUAGAACAACCCCACGCGAUCCGCUGAGACAACCGCCAAUCAUGGAAGAGCUGAUUGUUGAGCACAAUGGUCUGGGUAGACAUCCUCGCGCCGAUCAGUACCCCGAUCGGUUUACCCGUGCAAUGGUCGCCUACUCGGAAGACAUUUACUGGACGGAGAGAAUUGUUCCGCUUCCGUUCGGAUUAGAUGUUCCGCCCCGACCGUACGAUUACUUCGAUUUGCCCGAAGAAAGAACUCCGCCCCCUGAAGACUUUGACUACAUUCCGCCGCCAGGAACUCCACCCAUUGAUAUCCCACCAGAGGCCCUCGAAUUGCGCGACGAACGACGUCGCGAGUACGAGAGACUGAGAGAGGAAGAGCGUCGCAGCAACCUUCCUUCCAAUCCUGACCCAUGA